AUGUCCGCUCAACCUGCCACUUUCACCUAUGAUCCCGCCCACAGCGUCCAAUUCGAUGUAUACGUACCAUCGGAUCUUACUUCGUCUGAAGGAGAGAUCAAGUCCUUACCGUUGAUCAUCAAUUGGCACGGAGGAGGCAUGGUCGCUGGAGGUAAAAAAGAUCUUUUCUUCCCUCAAUACUUAGUCGAUAAAUUCAAUGCGAAAGGUGUCAUUUAUAUUUCUGCCAACCACAGAUUACUUUAUCCCUCAUCAACUGCCGAUAUCAUCGAAGAUGUUCAUACUUUAUUCCAAUACAUCUCAUCAGGAUCUAGCGAGUUCGCUUCCUACCUCCACGGUAUCGGCAUCCGGGUUGAUACGACCAAAAUCGGUGUAUCAGGUAUAUCAGGAGGCGUCUAUUCUGCUAGAGCAGCGUCAACUUUAGCGACUGUGUUACCUCGACCCAAAGUAUCUUUGUCACUAUAUGGUAUGGCAGGAAACUUCCUUUUGGAUUUCUGGGUUAAACCCAAUGAUCCAAACGAUUAUUAUAAAGCCCUCGCGCUCGAUCAUGACAAACUUGAAAAACUCGUUAUAGAAAAUGGUGGUGCAGUUGUCAGUGAUGCACCUUUGAAGAUCGAUAUGCAGAAACGUCAAGCUACAGAUGAAUUCAACAGAGUUGGAUUUUUCGUCGAUUGGCAACAUAAAGGUAUUUUACUUGACUAUAUCCUCAACGAACAUGGUUUAUCAAGUAAGAUCAACCAAUUCCCUUUAAUAGAAAGAAUCAACCAUAUUCCGGAAAACAAGAAACAUCUCUUACUCCCCUUGGACAAAGAUACAGUCCCAACUUUCUUCAUUCAUGGAACCAAAGACUUAGUAGUCCCCAUCGAGGAGAGUCAUGCUGCCUACGAAGAGUUGAGACAGUUAGGUGUCCAAGUCGGAAAAGCUUGGGUAGAAGGUGCCGAUCAUGGUUUGUUGGAUCCGUCCAAGCCACCAAACAGGAUUCAAGGUUGGGAAGAAGCCGUUGAUAGUGGAAUCAACUUUGUGAUUGAGCAGUUUGAUAUUUGA